AUGGAAAACAUUGAGAUUAGUUGGACUCCUCCUAAUCAAGAUGAAAUCAUGAUCUGUUUUGAUGGUGCAUCUUUCAGAAACCCAGGCCAAGCUGGUUCAAGUGUUGUUUUCCGUGAUGCAAGUUCGGAGGUGCUUGGUGUUCUUUGUGUUGGCCUUGGUUGGCAAACCAAUUUCUAUGUGGAAGUAUGUGCGAUUAUUUAUGGUGCGAUUGUGGCUAAGAGAUGGAAUAUGCGGAGUCUUUGCAUUCGUUCUGAUUCGAAGAGUUGCAUACAAGCUUUUCAAAAGGGCGAGCUGCCUUGGCAGCUGGUGCAGAAGUGGAAAAUUGCGAAGUCUUACUACAUGAACGUUCGUUAUAUUGAUAGCUAUAGGGAGGUUAAUUUCUCAGUUGAUGCCUCGGCCAAGCAAGCCUGUUUGCUGGCUGAGGAUAUUUUUGAAUUUUAUGAGGGUAGGCCAGGUUUUAUUCCAUCUGUGGAAUGGCCUGGAAGGGUUUAUUAUCGUUUCAAAUAG